AUGUCAGAUACGGAUUCAAAGUCGGCUACACCAACGGUUUAUGCACCCAAAUUGUAUUUGGAUGAACCUGAUCGUACUGCAGAAGCAUUAGCGACAUUUCGUCCACUAGAGUCAUGUCGGUAUAGUAUUGAUUAUUUAGGAGACUCUACAAAUGAGUUUAUGGAAUGUGAUUGUCCCGAAGAACGUACACUUGUUGGUGAUGAUGAAUAUAUUAAUCAUGCUUGUGAUGAAAAUAGUGAUUGUAUUAAUAGAUUAACUUUAAUAGAAUGUGUUGAUGGAUUAUGUGAAUCAACUUGUGGUAAAGAAUGUCAAAAUCAAAGGUUUCAAAGAAAACAAUAUGCUGAUAUUAAUGUAUUUCUUACGGAACAUAAAGGUUAUGGUGUCAGAGCUCAAAGUAAUUUAGAAGCUAAUACAUUUAUUUAUGAAUAUAUCGGUGAAGUAAUUGAUGAAGAAGAAUUUCGUGAUAGAAUGGUUCAAUAUGAUGAAAGACAUUUUAAACAUUUUUAUUUUAUGAUGUUACAAACUGGUCAAUUUAUUGAUGCAACAAUGAAAGGUUGUUUAGCAAGAUUUUGUAAUCAUUCUUGUAAUCCAAAUGCUUAUGUUAAUAAAUGGGUUGUUAAUGGGAAAUUAAAGAUGGGUAUUUUUGCUAAGAGAGAUAUUCAAAAAGGUGAAGAAAUUACCUUUGAUUAUAACGUUGAUCGUUAUGGUGCUACGGCUCAAAAAUGUUAUUGUGGGGAAUCUAAUUGUAUUGGCUUUAUGGGUGGUAAGACUCAAACUGAUGCCGCAUCUUUAUUACCACAUAUUUAUUCAGAUGCAAUGGGUGUAAGUGCAUCUCAAGAAAAGAAAUGGAUUAAAAUUAAGAAAGCUGAAGGUACAUUAAAUGAUUUAAAAAAUAAAAAUGAAAAUGGUGAAAAUAUUAACAUUGAAUUUGUUGAAUCUUUGAUAAUGGAACCAUGUGAUAAUGUUAAAGAUGUUACAAAAGUAAUGAGUGUAUUAUUACAAUGUAAUAAUAAAUUAAUAGCAUCAAUGUUAUUUAAAAGAUUAUGGUUAACUUAUAAUUAUGAAGAUGAAGAUGAUGAAGAUAAAAAUUUAAAACAACUUUUAUUAAAUCAAGUAAUUAAAUUACAUGGUUAUCAAUGUUUUAAAAAUUUAUUUCAAUUAUUUCAAGAUAAUGAUGACGAUAUUUUAUCAGAUAUUAUUGAAUUUUUAUAUCAUUUACCAAAAUCUACUAAGAAUGGUAUUAUUUCAUCUCAUAUUGAUACUGAAGUGAAAGUAAUAGGAGAUGAAUAUCCUGAUCUUUUAGAAGAUUGUAAUAAAUUACUUCAAAAAUGGGAUACUUUUGAUACAUAUACUAGAAUUACCAAGAAAGAUAUAUCUAAUGUAUCUUCAACAACUUCGAUGAAAAAAUUAAUGGAUCAAAGAAGGAUAAGGUUACCACCGGGAUGGGAGAUUAUACAAGAAAAUGGUCGUCCUUUAUAUUUUAAUAGAGAGCAAAAUAGAAAAUUGAUAGAUCCACCUAUAUCUCAUUCCGAUAAUAAUAAGCAACCUGUAUCACUUGAUCGUCGAAACCGUUCAUUAAUCAAUAGACAUAAUCAUAAUAAUACUAUUAAGAAUAAUUCUGAACAUCGUCUUGGGGAUAAGAGAAGUUAUAGUUCGAGAGAUUUACACCAAAGCGAAGAUUUUGUUAAGAAAAAGAAACGUAUCGAACUAGAAGAACAACAAGCUUUACUAAGAGCUAAGGAAGAAGAUGAGAAGAGAGAAAAGGAGAGAUUCCAACAAGAAACUGAAAGAAGAAAUAUUUUGAAUCAAAUUAUUUCAGAUGUUGGAAAAUCAAAAGAAUUAGAGAGAGAACAAUCAUUAAAACUUGAAGAAGAAAAGAAAAGAAAACAUAUUGAAAGAAAGGCAAAUUCACAAUUAUCUCAUUUAGAACAUAAAUGGGAGAAAUUCUUCGCAUCGUUCGUUCCGAAUAUGGUUAAAAAAUAUAAUACAGAUGUAAAUUUAUCUCAUGAUGCUAUUAAACAAUGCGCAAGAGAUAUUGUUAAAACUUUGUCAACCAAAGAAGCCAAAAGAGGUUCAAACAACUCUCCACCUGAGAAGAUGGACAAAUAUAAGCAUGAAAAAGUUAAAAGCUUUGUCAAUCAAUACAUGGGAAAGUUUAUUCAAAAAUACAAGGAUAAAAAAUUCAAAACAUCCCAUGCGUCAUAA